AUGUCUGUCGGCUGGCACGCGGAUGAUGAGCAGCUCUUUCAGGGCAAGCAGCGCGACUGCCGCAUCAUCUCCCUGUCGCUGGGAGCCACGCGCGCCUUCGAGGUCCGAUCGAACUGGUCGGAGCUCGAUUCCACCGUGCGCCUGGAGCUCGGGGACGGGGACCUCUGCACCAUGGAGGGUCUGGUCCAGAAGCACUUCCAGCACCGCGUGCCGCGCGAGGACAAGGUGACGGGGCCUCGCAUCAACCUAACGUGGCGGUGGAUUGCAAUUUGCCUGAAGAUGCGCGAAACAGCGCGUGCUCGCGCAGAGAUGGAAGUGGACUGCCCGCUUUUUCUCUCGCAAAGAAUGCGGAGAAUGCUGGCGUCCAUCCUUAACGUUCCCAUGUCGGAGCCCGCAGGGGAGAAGGAGUUCGACUCCUCUGCAGUGGAGGAGAGCGUCGCCAAAGUCAUUGCAGCGCUAACCUUCAAUCACAACCUCCCCCCGUCGUACGUCCAGUACUUCUUGAAUCAGGAGCCUCAGCUGUGGAAGGCGCAGCAGGACUCUGAUCACGAGCACGUCUACCGUUCGGUCUUGGAACGAGUCCAGCGAGGACUCCGCGAGGAUCCGCUACCGAACGUAGACCUGAAUCCCAGCCCGGAGGACAGUCUGCGAAACUUGCAGACAGCUGCAGGGGCCUCGGAUGCCUCCACGAAUGCUGCUUACGGGACUACAUCGGCGAACAACGAGGAUGUGGUCCGGCAGCGGAGAGGGGAGUACUCCAACAUGAAGGCCUGGUUCGGACCAGACAUCAUUGACGAGGACCCCUAUGUGUUCAAGCGUGUUAUGACGAACAAGCUCCCGAUUGCUCAGCACAAGACUGAAAUCACGGAGCUGAUCAGGGACAACCAAAUCGUGCUCAUUCAGGGCGAGACAGGAUGCGGCAAAACUACACAGGUGCCGCAGUACAUCUUGGAGGCAGCACUCCGCAUGCAGGCAGAAGCCAAGCAUGGGAAGGGAACAGACAAUCGCCGGCCUGUGCGGAUCGUCGUCACGCAGCCUCGGCGGAUUGCCGCCAUCACCGUGGCGAAGCGCGUCGCCGAGGAGCUGGGCGAAAAGGUGGGAGAAGGUGUGGUGGGCUACAAGAUCCGCGGCACCACAGUGGCCUCUCCAAAAUGCAAGCUGCUCUUCUGUACCACGGGCGUGGUGUUGCGCAGAUUGGCGAACGAGGGGUCAAAGUUCAUGUUCGGCCCAAAGACGGUCACGCACCUGCUGGUGGACGAGGUGCAUGAGCGCGGCGUGGAGACGGAUUUUAUGCUUACCUUCCUACGCGAGAUUCGGGUGAACCGCCCCAACCUUCGUGUGGUGCUCAUGAGUGCCACCAUGGACACAGAGUGCUUUUUGAAGUACUUCAGUCUUCCCGUGAAAGUUGCGAAUGGACACGCCGGCGGGAUAGCUCUCAAGCAGCCGCCCAUGGUGGUCUGCCCUGCAUUCUGCCACCCGGUAGCGGAGUGCUACAUGGAAAGCAUCAACGCUCGCCUUGGCCGCAACCGAUCUCCCGAAGCCAAGAGCCCGGAGGAGCUUCGCCGGGAGCCCACCGAAAUGUCGGAGAGUGAUGGCAUCGACUACGAUCUUAUUCUGAAGAUCGUGGAGGAGAUCGAGACUUCUCCGGACGGGGCCUGGACUUUUGCGCCAGAGUCCAUGCGAGCAACGGCGAAGGACCCCCACCGUGGUGCCGUCCUCGUUUUCUUGCCCGGGCUCGGAGAGAUCACGCAGCUGAUGUCCAAGCUAACAGAUGACAGCACAAUGUCAUCGAAGUGGUGGGUCUUGCCGCUUCAUGCCAAUCUUCCACCCGAGGAGCAGCAGCUGUGCUUCAGCACGUCACUACCGGCAGGUUGUACGCGGAAGAUCAUCUGCUCAACGAACGUCGCAGAGACUUCUGUGACUGUUCCUGACGUGACCGUGGUCAUCGACACCUGCCGAGAGCGUCGGAACCAGGUGGAUCGGCACAGCAACACGCCCAUGCUGCGCGAGCAGUGGUGUGCCCUGGAUUCCCUGAAGCAGCGCCGCGGUCGUGCUGGACGCGUCCAGCCCGGGGUUUGUCUGCGGCUCCUCCCGGAGAGGAACUUAGAGCGCUUGGAUGCCGUGUCCCCCCCGGAGAUGCAGCGGGUGCCGUUGGAGAACGUCUACUUGCAGGUGUGCGCCAGCGGCAUCGACGACAGGCCCGGUUUCCUGGCAAAGACGCCGGAUCCGCCCGACGAGCUCUCGGUGCUCUUUGCGGAGGCGGCCUUGCGUGACCUCGGGGCACUCGACCAAGCACAGCCCGACGGCAAUGUCUGUGCGGAAUCCGAUGAUGACGACUCAGGACACCAGCAAGCGGGCGAGCUGGCAAAGCGCCAGGCCAGACCGAUCCCUGUGAGUCCCAGCUUGGGAGCCCGACGUCGGUGGGCUCACAUCGUGCAAGAGUGGCGCUUCGGCGACAUGAAGCAGCGGGAGCUCUGCAAGAAGCUGGGGCUCUCCUUCGAGCGGAUGGCCUCCUCCAUGUUCGAGCGCCGGCACUUGCUCGAGUCCUUGGUCCAAGUGGGACUCCUUCCGGGGAACUUCAAGGACUUGGAGUGGGAGCGGAAGAACAAGGUUCCAGACUGGAACCUCGUCCGUGCCGCCGUGGUUGGGGGCCUGUACCCCAACAUCAUCCACGUCUCGCGGAGCCCCCCGAAGUUCCAGAGUGCGACCAUGAUGGACAAGGCCAAGUACCUCACCUACCAAGUGCUGCAGAGGCAUGUGAAGAUGGAACAGCAAUCCUAUCCAAAGCGCCUCAACGUGCACCCGAACUCACUGAUGUUUGGCCACGACCAGUUCCAUUGCCCGUGGUUAGCCUACUACACCAUCCAGCAGACCAGUAAGCUCUAUGCCUACGACGUCUCGGAGGUGAGCCCUUUUGCUCUGCUCCUCUUCGGCGGUGAUCUGGAGCCAAAUCAUGGUGGCAUCGAGGUGGGGAAGUGGGCCACCUUCAAGUGCCGGGGCGGCAAGCAGCUCUUGCCCCUCCUGCAGGCUGCCCGGAAGGCCAUCCAGGACGUCCUGGAGAGAAAGCUCGAGGACUUGAAGUUCGAUCUCAGCAGCUCCAAGGAGCUGCGAGCCUGCAUCGAGCUGCUCAGGUGCAAUGGCCUAGGCUUUCGCAAAGAGGACCCGGCCGACAUCGUGCGGUGCAGCGACGGGCAGGAUCGUGAGUUCAACGAGUUCGAGAACGAGACAGCUUACAUGACGCGGAAGGAUAACGAGCAGCAAGAGCACAUGAACAAAGUGUGGGCCGACGCAAAGAAGCUCGCGGAUUCAUAUUUCUUUUCCGUAUUCUUUGAAUUCCAAUUACCUGCACACGGGCCGCGCCCCCCGUGUUGGAGCCAGUGGCGCGGCCCUACGAUGCCCAGGCUUUUGCGCUGGGCGCCCUUAGCUCUCCUCUCGCUGGGCGUGUCUGGCGAGGGAGCCGGCUCCAUAUCGCCCCAUCACGGCCAAGCCAGCCACAGUAGAAGCACGCCGCAGGCGAAGGUGCACCACCAAGAGCGGCAAACGAUUUCCAAGGCCGCAGAUCACCAGACAGUCCUGCUCGAGCGGAGCGACCCCAAGCCCGAGAGCAAGGCAAAUAGUAGCACAGGCAGCCCGAAGGAGCCCACGUGCCAACCCGACUCUGAGCUCUUUCAGCAAGUUGUCGCAAGUAAAGACAGGCACCUCUUCUUCAGUCAAAGGAAGGCCACGACAGUCCCCUUCCAGGACAUUUCGGGAAUUCCACGUUCCUGCGAAAGUUGGAAAGACAAACCGCAGUGCUGCACGAGGAUGUUUUACAAGCGCCUGGCUGAUGAGAUUCAGCCCAUGGCAAAGGAGAAUCUUUCCCUGGCGGCACUGAUGCCCUACUGCUCGGCUUUCCGCCAUCUUGUUCUGUGCCGCGCACGCAGAG